AAGUGACGCGUAAAUUUUUGGCGCUGGUGGGUUUAAAUUUUUUUUAGCGAACAAAACAUUUAGUGCAAAACAAUGUGGAGCAAUUUUGAAGCAUCUACGGUAGAGGAUGAAACUAUUUCGAAUGCGUUCUCCUCGCGCAGCAUAUUCAAAAUAAGCAGCGAAGAUGGGGUUUCAAAAUAUCCUGCGAUUCAGGCCGCUGUGCAAAGUGGCAAAAUGGUGAUAUCCAUAGAUAAGAGCCUGAUAUUGCUAGAAGAUGAGCUGAUAGCCAAGUGCAGCUUUCUAAGUUUUGGCGCUAACAUCGAUGCGAUUGCCAUAUCCAAUAGCGGAAAUCUUAUUGUUUGUGGACUCACUGACGGCGAAGUGCACGGCGUCUACAUAAAGGGCUUCUUGCUAUUUAGUGUGUGCAUCAAAGUGGAAGAUAUUAGUCUCAGCAGCGGCACCUUUACGAGCAUUCAGCGAUUGGGAUCGCACUUUUACUUAACAUGCAAGAAUGGCAGCGUCUACUGUCUCAACGAAAUAAAUGAAACUCAUUUAGAGUCUCUAGCCAAUGUCACGUUGAAUGACAAUGAGAAUAUGACAGCACUUCUAGACGAUGUGACUAUUGAGCGCACAUCCUCGGGCCGAGCUGCCAACAGUGUAGAUAGUGCGCUGCUGCUCAAAAUGCCAACGACCCAUGGCUAUGCGAUCAACAAUCAGGAAGCGCCGCGUACAGAUCACGAUUUGAUAAUAAGUGGCGCACAGGAUUCUUUCAAUUUUAAGACCGUUUCCAAUGAUGUGACACGCAUCGGUUUACCCACGCAUUUGGGCAGAAUCAAAAGUAUUUUCAACAUGGACAUCUAUAUAAUUGCAUUGACUGAAUUCGGUCAUCUGUUGGAGAUUUGCCCAUUUACACGCACCUUAAGCUUGUGCCAAUCGGCAAUGAAGCGCUCGCUGCUCAUCGAGGAUUUGCUGGUCAUGGAGUCCAGCGAGGAGCAUCUGGAGCUCUUGAUACUUACUAAGCCCACAGCUGAUGGCGAGCGUUUCAUCAAAAUUGUCGAAUAUCCUUCGCUCAAAUGCAAAAACGAGAUCGAAGUGCCGCUGCACACUUGGCUUAUUCGGCAGCCCAAGAGUGCCGUCAAUUUGUAUUAUUUGGCGGCUCGGGCAAGUAAAGAAAACGAAAUUCCAGCAGAGGUGGAGAUGAUGAUGGUUUCCGAAACAGAUCCCAGUGAUCGCUUAAAGAAACUGAUAGCCAAGGGACGCCUGGAUGAGGCGGAGGAUUUUGGCAUACAAUUUGAGCUGUGCCUGCAGCCCAUCUAUGAAGCCAGAGCCAAACGUGUUCUGGUCGAGCUAUGCAAUGCCAACACAAACAGAGUGCAGCCCGAUGAGCUGGAACAAAAAUUUCAGAUGCUGCUCAAUCUGCUGGGUCAGAUCGAGAGCAAAGAAUUUAUCAAAAAUAAUCGCAUGAUCAAUUUAAGCUCACGUCAAAUUCUAGAGCGUUACCUAAAAGAGAUACACAAGAGAUUGGAUUUUGAGGACGAUGAGCAGCAUAUGCUGGAAAUAGAUGAGCAGCUGCAUCGUCUUAAGACGCUGGCUAUCAUCGAUCCCUAUGAGUGCAAUACUGAGUGGCAAAAGUUUGUGUACAAUACGAAUCUGGUGAAGGUAAUCAAGGGUAUGUUCAGCACCGAUAUGCCCACCGCUUGCCUCAUCUGGCGUCGUCAUUCGAGCAGCGUUUUGCCACAUCUAAGCGAGGAUGAAUUGCGCACGCUGCUGGGCUUUAUACCCAGCACCACAGAGCCGCUGAAUGUGGUGCAGUGGCUCCGUCAAUUCGUGCCCAUAGUAAGCAAUACACAUCCCAAAAUUAUGCCGUUCAUAACGGACUGGAGCAUUGAGAUGACGCGUAAGCUGCAAUAUAGCGAACAUUGGCCGGACAUUGGUCUAGAGUUUGCCAGCAAUAUCCUGGAAAUAUUUGAAGAAGUUAAAUUCAUAUACUCCGAUGUUGGGCGACAGCAGGAGCGUAAUGUUGGCAAGCUGCGUGAUCUGGUCAAUGCGCUGCAAGAUUUAUCGGUAUUAAAGAAGAUCUACAAGCUCAGCUUUACGCUAGACAACUAUAUGGAGGACUCUUUAGAUGGGAUCGCAUUGCGCAUACUGCAGCGCGUGCAUUUAGAUAAUUUACAGAGUCUGGUCAAGGAUUUUCUGUAUCCCAUCUAUCAGGAGAAGGGUCGCCAGCCAUUGAAUGCCAUCAAACAGUAUAUUGGCCAAUUGGUGGCCAAUCGCCAAUCGCUCAGCAAUUGGAUAGAUCGUGCAAUGGCUUGCGUUGAACUGCUGCACAAUGAGGAUAGUCGUUUGGAGAGCGCUCUCUCGAUACUGCAGAAUGCGCCAGUGCCUUGGCCCGAAUCGGUGACACCUCUCAUCAAGCUGCGCAAUUCGACGCAUCCGCUGAGCAUUAAGAUCAAUGCCGAAUAUGAGAUUCAGGUGAUAAAGAUCAUGAAGGUGAAGUAUGGCUGGCCAGCGGAUGGUGCUGUUGACAUCAAUCUGGAGCUGUUUAUGAUGCGCAUUGUCAAGCUAAACUUACCGGACAUGCUGCAGGAUAUACACACGCUGACCAAAGCGGCGCCAGAGAUUUCCACGAGCGCCAAUUUCAAUUGUUGCUAUCAGAUGGCUCGGCGUGGUCAAAUUGAAAUGGCCUAUGAGUUCUUCAAAUCGUUAAACACAAAAAAUAAUGACAAUAAAUGCGGCAAUGUGGUUGAAAUCCUGACCAAUAUGCUCGAGAUGAGCUCCGGUUCAUUUGUGAACGAAGCGAAAGUGCAGGAGCACAUUAAUCUGCUAGAGCUCUUCAAGCUCAUGCUACCCCACGUGGAUCCGAUUUAUAUGCAGCGUUAUUUGCUCAUUAAGCAUUGCUUCCAGCUGCGCCAAAAGUUCAAUUUGCAGGUGCAGAGCAGCAGUGAAUUGAUACCAAUGCACAAGCGUCUGGAACUGCUUAAUAAGGGCAUCGAGCUGAUCAUGUCACGCGCCCAGGCCACAUUGAAUGUCUGCGCCUUUAUAGUCAACGAAAUGGGUGAACUAUGCGCCGCACUCAAUUUGCAAAAGGUUCAGGGACUGUUGUGCAUUAGCCAGCGCAUGAACUGCCUGCCACUCAGCUGUGCGCUGGCUCAUCACAUUCUCGAGUUUGUCGACUGUGUGCCAGCGAACAGCAACGAGUUUAUUAACUUUGCCAUUGAGCUGUUGGCGCAGCAAAUUUGCGAAGCCAAAAGCAAUGGGCAUGAUACGCACUCAUCGUUGCAGCAGCUUAAUGAAACUGAUCCCCUGUGCUUUCCGCUGGCCUACGAGCUGCUGACCGAGGCCAUGUUGCACGAGCACCGUCGUCAGCGUGAUCUCAACGAGCUGAUUAAGUAUGUGCGCGUUGCCGUCAUACACUAUCCAAUGGAUGCCAUUGAGAUGCACUAUUUGGGCAAGGAGCAGAAAAUUAAUGAUCAAAUCUGUCGCGCAUUGGAUGGAUCUCCCAUUGCCUUGGGCGAUACAACGCUCAAUUUCUCCAUGGCGCUCAAUAACUCCCUCGAAGUGAAACCCAAUGUGGAGUCAACGUCCAAGAAACGUUACUCCGUCUCCAUGUUCGAGGAGAUCGAUGUGCAGCCACAGCAGCAACCGCAAAAGAAGAAACGAAUUAGUGGCAGUCUACCCAUUGUCAAAUUUUUGGCUCGUACGCUGCUGCUCAUGAUCAUUGAGACGGAUUCAAAUAAUUCGUUGAUGCAGCAACUGCAGCAGCUACUGCCAGAAAAUGUCAAGAACGAUAUUGAUGGAGCACGCGCUGAUUUCUUCUUGUCCCUGGAGCAUUUGACCAAAGCCAAGGAGCAUGAUGUUUGGUACAUUAUGUCCCAAUAUUUGCUGGAAUAUCAGAAACAGAAUCACAGCAAAAAGAUCAUCAAUGAGGGCUUCAUUACCCUCCAAUUGCGACGCAUUCUACGCAAUGCGAUGAAUAACAAGGAUGCGAAUCUGAUUGAGCUCUUCACCAUGCUGACCGCUGACACCGAGUCGCGUGCCCUACUGGAUAAGCUGUCCAUGGAUAUCAAAACGGAUCAGCAGAAAAUACAUUUCCUGACACUUUCCGCUAUGUACCAUGAGCACAUUGAUGAAAUGGACUAUGUGCAAAUAUUGCGUGCCAAACGCAACAAGCUGUAUUACUAUUUGGAGUUUUGCCAGCAGGAUCCUAGUAUUAAGGGCAAAUUCAAUGCCGAAAUGGACAACAUAGAUCAGUUGCUAAAGGAGUUCCACAAUAAACGGCUUAAUGUGCAGUUGCUGGAGCGCAUGAGUUCCGAUUUCGGCUUGGACUAUCAGAAGAUGCUCAUUACACAAAUAUUGAGCAUUUUAAAUGCACAGGAACUGCGCUAUGAGAUCAAGACGGAUACGUUUGGGGACGAAGAGCUGGUGAUAUUGAGCAGCGUGCAGGAGAUUCGCGACAUGUGCCAGCCGUAUAUAAACGAGAUCAAGAACGUGGAUCUCUUUACAGCCAAACUGAAGCAAUUCAUUGAGGAGAUCAACAUCUAUUUCUAUGAACUGUACCUGUGCGUCAUUGAGAUUCUCAUAUUUUUCGAUGCGGCGCCCAAGCAGAUGGAAACAUGGAUAAAUAUCUUACAUUUCCUGCGCCACAAGAUGAACAAACGUCGUCGUAAUCGGCCAGGCCAACUGGAGACGGACAUGUGGCUGCAGUCCCAGAAGGAGAACGGUGUGCUGCCCAAGAUAGCGCGCUAUCGACUGCCGUUUAAGCCUAUUGUGGAGAAGCCUCUGAAGGACAUACUCGAUAGCGAGUUGAAUGUGGACAACUGCCAGAGCUGGUUUCCUCUUAUACUCAUGUGUAUUGCGCUGAAGAACUCCAAGGAAAUCUCCCAGAACUGUGACUACUUCUGCAUGGCAGCCGUUAAGAACUCUAUAGCCGAGUACAAAUCGAAAAACGAUUCAGAAACUUGGAGCUUGCAUCCAACAAAUAAUGCAUUCCUUAAAUCGAUCCUUCGUUUGGUCAAAAAUGUGCACAGUCCGAGCAAGGUGUUUCUAAUCUUGUAUUUCGUUGCUGGUUACGCGCCAGAAGGUGCAGAUCAGGUGGAGGCCUCUUACGAGUGCUGGAAAUAUGCCAUGAAGCACGAAGAGUUGACCAAAGAUCCCAAAUGCCAGGAACAGUUGGUCAAAAUUAAGCGAAGAUAUCCCAUGCAAAAGACACAGCAUUUGCUCCACGUUUAUGGCAUGACAGAUGAGAAACUGUUGCGUCUCGUCGAGCAUCCCACUGAGCUCAUCCACUGCCUCUAUCAUCACGAAUUGAUACUCAAGUCCAGCAAGGUGGACAUCAAUGGCCUUGUCAAGGAGAUUUGUGCGCUGCACGAGCUCAGUCUCGAUGCCAUACAGUUUAAGCUGUUGCAGAAGUGGCUGUCCGUCACAAUGGAGACUACCGAUGGCACCAUCAUGGAGGAGACCUUCCUCGAGGAUCACAAUUGGCCAGAGAAUGGCACCAAUGGCAGUGGCGGCGACGAGACAGGCAAUGCCAGUGAGAAUGUUGUACGAGCAUUUUAUAUACUCAGCAGCUGGCCCAAAUCGGAGGCUGUGCAAUUCCUGGUUGGCCUGAUCUUUAAGGGCGGCCCCGUGAACACCUCCACGCAACUGCAGAUGUAUGAAUGCUACUCGAAGCUCAACGAUGGCAGCAACUCCUUCAGCAAUACCAUCAGCCAGCGACAGUUUAUAACGAUCAAGUGUGUCCACGAACUGAAGGCGCUCGGCUACAACUCAAACAUAGAGAAGUUUGCGGACGAUAGCUGCGAUAAGAUUAGCAUCCUGAAGAUGCUCUGGCAGCGCAAUGCACAGAAUUCGCUUUCGCUUGAGGUAAUGGCUGACAUUUGCCUGGGAUUCGAUAUACAUUUGCCCAAGAUCUGGAACGGCAUACUAAAGCGCAUGGUUAUAUUCAAUAUGGUGCGCGAGCUGAAUGCAUUGGUCGAUGUGCUCAGUUGUAAGCGGCAGCUGUUGCAUCUCGAUGGCCUCGCUCUGGCCUGGGAUUGUGUGUUGUCGCAUCCCCUCAAGAAUGCGGUGCAAACACGCUCCAAUGCACUGGAGGAACGACUCCAAAAGACGCUACUACGUCUGCAGGGCUGUCCGGUUGUGCAUGCCCUGAAUCUGUAUCAAUUUGCCGAGCUCUGCAUGCUCAUCCAACGUCCACACAUGGCAGCCAUUGUACUUAUAUUCUGCCAAAGCGCUGAUUAUCGCGAAAAGGUUAAGAAACUUAUCACGUCCAAGCCAAUGGAUAAUUUACGCCAGCAGAUUCUGGACCUGGAGGACGCGGGCUUGUUGCCCAUGGUUCUCAACUUUGCACUGAAGGAACUGAAUCUCUAGUGUAACAUUUCUUAAUUUAAUCAGUAUACUAUGUAUUGAAUGUAUUAUUGCUUACUUAUGGAGAACAAUAU